AUGUCAUAUAACGUUAUAUUGUCCAGGUUUACCACCUGUGAUAUUGCAGAUGGGUUACUAAACCUAUAUAAUAUAUCCAAUGGAGGAUUUUUACCAAACCUUCAACGCUUUUCUGGCGAACCUAAGGGGACAGUUGUAGGCCCUGCAUACACUGUUCUAUUUGAAUCUGUUAAAAAGACAUCACAAGAGGUGAAUUAUAUUGAUAAUGUUCCUAAAGGUUCUGUGUUGGUGAUUGCACUUCCUGUAGAGCUUCAAUUACCAACAGCUCCUUAUGUAAAGAUAACCCAGGCUAUGUAUGGUGGAUUGAUGUCCACCAGAGCACAAUAUCUUGGAGCUAACGGAACAGUUGUAUUUGGUAGGAUAAGGGAUGUUGGUGAACACAGGGAAUUAAAUCACCCUGUGUUUAGCUAUGGUUUGGGUGUGUGUGCUCCUAAGAUGUCAGUAAAGCCAUCUAUAAUCGGUGAACCUUUGCCAAUUUUAAGUAGUGACGGUACUCAAGAAAACAUUUGUUCAGGUGAUUAUAUUGUUGCAGAUGAAAAUGGCGUUGUCAGAAUACCUAAAGAUAUUGUAGACAUGGAAAGGUUAAUUAACUAUAUCCAAAAAUCUAUCGAAGCAGAUUCAUUGGUUUUUAAGGAUAUUAAGGACGGUGUUCCAGCUAAACAAGCUCAAAAGAAGCACAGAGCUGCGUUAAAAGAAUUACUAGAUUAA